UAUGUGAGGACACCUGCAGACAUGAAGCCCUCCUCCAGAACGGACUAAAGUGGCUCAGGAUCCAUCGUGAACAGUGCAAGGCCAAGGUUGUACUCUAUGGCCGGAGGAAGAUAUUAAAAGAACUAUGCUUCACAUUCUCGCACAUUCCUUCCCUAAACUUGACCAUUGUUGACGUGAGGAAGCAUUUAACUGGUUCAAUUAAACUACGAGAUUUUUUAUGCAUUCACGGGUAUCAGGGGAUGAAAUUAAUGAAUGAAUCCUAUUGGGAAGAGAAAAACAAAUUGUGUAGUCGACCUCAUCAGUAGUCACCACCACCAGUGUGCUCACGUAACUCCUCUCACGUUUACGUCUUGUCAGAGGAGUUACACUUCCAUCCUUAACACUUCAGAACUUCUCCUUUAUGGACAGUUUAGGGUCUACUCUUAUAAUUAGCGCGGGGUGUUACACAGGCUUUGGUUUACUGUAUAAUUUAGAGGAUAACAAUGUUGGGGAUGAUAAAGAGCACGUCCGCGGCGGCCCACCAGCCUCAGUAGGUCUUCACAGACAGCGUGUUGAAGCCCGCCAAGUUGGGUGUGUCACCACUUAGUGCUAAACGAACGAUCACAAAACAAUUUCCGUACAUCAGUCUGUAAUACUCAAUGUCAGAUUUAUGCUGAAAGUUAUUUUAUAAAACGCAGCCAUGUUUAAAGUGACAGUUGUGCUCCUUCGCUCACUGUGAGCAACAGCCACAAGAAGGUAAACAUAAAACUACACUUAAAUGCGAAACAUUUUGAAAAGCUGGUGUGUGCGGUGAGGCGCGAGUAUUCCAGCGUUUUCCUGACUCUCGCUGACGCAACAAAAGCCUUUCAACACUCCAAAAAUAAUCUAUGAGGUUUCUGGGCUACAAAACUCUCCAAAUCCUAAAUAAGGUGUUCCUACCCGCCAAACAUCAUUUCGAAGGACCUACAUUGAAGAUCAGCUUGACCAUUAGCUCUCCAUCGGGACUCUGUGGGGAGCUGUGGCAGUUUAGGGUCAAGGUGAGACGGCAGUGGAAGUAAGGUGACGAUCCAAUUAGCGUGGAGGUUGGUGAAGGAGGAGGUGGGCUGCCAGUGAGGCGCAGACUAGGGAGUGCGGGAGACUUUACAAGCAUAGGUGUCCGGCAGCCACCAGCGACCUCUUACUGUUACUUCGACUCUUCGCGCCGUCUGCGAUUACAGUGUUUCGCCGAGGAUUUCCCUGUAGUACCCAGCGUCAGUAGCAGCGACUAACCUACUUAAUCCAGCAACAUGUCAGAGUUCUUUCUCAAGUGCUCGAGGAUGACCGUCGAGGUAUUGUACUACCAAGUCCAGAAUAUCAACAAACAGUUAUAGCAAAAGAGCGACGUACCUUGCCGGAACUUGUUUUUAUCAGCGUAUCAAGUCGACACAGGCUGAAUUGCGUCGAGUUCCAUACAGUAAACAUUAUCCUGAGGUGUGACGUGUAAAAAACAAAAAAACAAAAAACUUUGCUAAACAUUUCUUCCGGAACUGUUCGUCUAUUCAGCACCGACCUGUGGAUCUGCUUAAUCAAUAUUAUCGUGUUAUAACGUAUAUACAUAAUAUUUCCAUAUAAUUCAAGCCUUCAAUCCAUAUACUUGAAGCUAUCAACCACUUACAGUUUGUUUAAUAAUCUGUAGCGCUUUAACCCUCCGUCAACACACAACAAACAUAAACUAAAGAAUUCUACUAAACCCCAACACAAUCUCACACAACUCGGGAAAACAGGAGUUGAGAGUGAGUAAACUGUGUUCACUUAAGCGUGUGAGCCCAUUUUAAGUGACUGUCUGAAGUAACAACAGGAGACGUGGACAAACUCAAAACAAAAUGAAGACUUUUACAGCAGCGGCGGCGGCGGCGGCGGCGGCGUUGGUAUGGGCAGCACUGGCGACGGUGAAGCUGACGGAGGCGGGGCCGGUGAACGCGCUGCUCGGGGACUUGUGUCGACGGAUGGACGGCCGCAAGUUCUACCUGGAGGCGGAGACCCACGCCCUCAUCACCGCCACCAACAUCACCCUCCCCGCCUUCCCCAGGAUCGCCACCAGGAACGUCGUCGCUAAACCAGGCUACCGCCGCCACCUACUCACCCGACACAGAAGAGAAGGGCCCCAACAGAUCGGCCUCCCAGAACCCCGCUACCGUCGUAACCUCACCACCUCCUCCCUCACCCACCUGCGGGAGAACACCUUCCUCGCCCCCCACGACCCUCCACAACCUCUCCCUCUCCCUCAAGCUUCACCACCAGCCCUCCAACCGCCACCACCAGCCCGCCAACCACUACCACCAGCCCGCCAGCCGCCACCACGAGCUCGCCUUCUGCCACCACCAGCCCGCCAGCCGCCACCACGAGCCCGCCAUCCGCCACUUACAGCCGCCGCCAAUUCCCCGUCAGCACAGUCGCCAGAGAUGAUGUUGGAUGAACCCCAAGAGCAGGAGAUGCAAGACGUGACCGCCACUCUGGCUCAGCCCUCCAAGUGUGGUGCCGAGUUCUUUACCUGUCCCGAGUGUCACCUGGAAUUUACCUUCGAACAGGUCAACCUUCCCUCCUGCUCUCACGACGAAUCCUGCAGAUGUGACUACCUGCGGGUGCGGGAGCCUCCAUACAUGAGCGGGGCCGGGGGGCGUGACGUGUGCUCUACAGGGAAGGACACGCCCAGGACCUUCACCACUCAGACUAGGGAGGUCAUCCUCGACUUCAUCUAUACCAGGAAAUAUCUUGAUGCCUUUACCGUGGCCAUCACCGCCAAGCGCAACAAGUACCACAUCACAGGAAAGGCAAACGCUACACGCGGCUACAUCAAGUCACCGUUCUUCCCCGAGCUGUAUCCCAAGGAGCACUGGAUGGAAUAUGAGCUGUGGGCUGAGGAAACAGACGCCAGGAUCAAGAUUAACUUCCAGGACUUCCAACUCUCACCCUGGAGCUUUAUUGAGGUUCAAGACACGAACAAGUCCCGGGUAGCUGUGUUCAAUGGUAACGUGUUCAGACCACCCAUCCUCGUGUCGUCUGGGCGCCAAAUCACGAUAAGGUUCAGUGGCAAUGGUGAGACGGCCAGGGGGUUCAAUCUGCAGUACUCCUUCAUUGAUGCAAAGAGCGUGGAAGUAUAUCCUGCAAUAACCGACUGUGGAGGAUUCGUCACUAACUUUGGAGGUACGAUCACUAUGAUGAACAUGGCCAAGGAGGACAGUAACUUCACGAUGUACGACUGUGUGUGGAUCGUCCAGCCUCCCCAGAACUACGCCUUCAAGUCUCACCUCUCGAUCAGGGUCGUUCAAUUCGAUGACAUGGUGUCGGGGACCCGCUUGGACAUAAGGCAGGGCGUGACGAGCGAGGAUUACCUUCUGGAGACGGUAGAGGGAGGUACUGGCGCCAGCAGAGGGCAGGAACACGUGGCAGCAGUAGACACAGGCUUCUAUGUGAGGCUGAGGGGCGCCUUCACUAAGCACUCUAAGCUAGCCAUCGUAUAUACCUCCUUCAGUUAUCUGGGAAGUUGCUACACACUGACGGACCUGAUGUGCCAUAACCACCGCUGUAUACCCAAGAUGCUUCGCUGUGACGGCUUUGACCACUGCGGCGACAACAGCGACGAGCCCACCACCUGUUACAUGGGUCCUGGGAACAAGAGCUUGACUCCUGAAGACGCUGCCUGGUGGUACCAACACACACCCAACUAUUAUUUUCCCCAGAGUAAUAGUUCAGUCUUCGGGGGAAAUCAUAGCUGGUCUGGCCUCUUACUCCUUAUCUCUUUAAUUAUGCUGGUGAUCGUGGCGUUUGGUCUCGUCUCCUACAUGUUCAAGAAUGGCAUGCACAGUAACAGAGGCCAUCACAGAGAACGGCGCGCCAUAGUCAGUCGGCGAGGCUCCCUCUCCGACGGUGUGGAGAUUUUCGACGCCUCGGCCGAUGACCCUCCACUGUACGAGCCACCUCCAGACUAUGAGGAGGUCAUCAAGGUCAUCCUCUCCGGUAACAACCUUAAGCUGGUUCGCCGUCCUGGUGGGGUGACGGCUUGGGUACCAGACAAGUUGGCUAAUGAAGUAGGAGAGAGUCGGGCCAACGGUGAGAGGCCGCUAAGGACCCGCCACGCCUCCCUCGACCUAGAACAAGGCAUGGAGGUUGUGCUGUGGAAUCCAAACGUUUUCAGUGCCACUCGAGAAAGAACGACAACAGGUACCGAGGCCGAGUCUCGCAACACACUUUCUGCUCAGGUGCCGCUGGGUCACGUGCGUCGUUCUUCCCUUCCCGUGACGCCACUGCCAGAGAUCAUUCAGGCUCACGUGCAGGGCCACAGCGUCAGCAUCGCUCCAGAGACUAUUACUGAGGCCCCCGAGGGUGUGGAGUCCCCUCGUCCAUCUGUCAGACCCGUCCACACACUCACCUCUCCACAGCUGUCCGUGAGGUCUUUCACCUACGACACCUCAGCUGUGUCAACGCCAGGCACCAGCACCCCACAGAACCUGAGGGUGGCUGUACACGCCAGGAAAAGCAAGAGACUUACUAAAAGGGGCGGCAAGAGGAAGAAGAAGACAUCUGCUGCUCGUAAACCCGAGCGUCAAGGUAGCAAGGAAGACGAUUCGGCACCUCCCUCCUACGAAAUGGCAAUGCAGCAGGCCAGUCAGGGUGAGCCAGUCUCCCCUCGUCCUGUUGAGGGGCCUUCCACCAGCAACGCCGCCAGUCAGGUUAAUGAGAGCACACAGACCAGCAGUGACUCGGCACUAGCCCAGGAUAUGUCACCAACAGAUCGUCUUCGAGCUGCAAGGGAAAUGUUCCAGCGGAUGUCCAGAGGUGAGGGACCAGAAGAGGAGCCACGUAAGACCUCUGUGGUGGUCAGGCCAGCGGCAAAGCGUCCAGCUGCUCCUGCCAACAGGACCAAACAUAACAGAAUGUCCUCUAGCGGUGGUACCAUCAACCGAGGAACUGUUAAAGCAAGGAAAGCAAUGUUGUUGAAGGCACAGAAACUUCGGCCUGACUGUACUUGUAACGGAGCCUGUUCUUGUGCUCACUUCAAACCCGAGAACUCUAAGGAUGAAAAUCUUCAUAUGGGAGGAGUUAAGUCCAAAGUGCAUUAUUAUCUGGCCAUUGAAGAGAGCACUAAGAAGAGAGAUGCAGACACCUCCGUUGGAACACCCACUGUGACUGUGGACCCAAAUAAUAAAGACAAUCAUAAGCUUCCAGAAGACUCGCCGGUGAGUAGCGCUACACUCAAGAAGAGAAAACUUGUCAGAAACCAAUCAGCUCCUUCCCUCGGUCACAUUGUUCAGAGAGACUUGGAUAGUUUCUUCUCGCAGAAUGACAGUGCCACUAUGUCAUCCGUCGAGGACCUUGAGUGUCCCCUCAUCAGUCCCGUCCCUGACUCACCCAAGCCUAUCAUCGUCGCCACUCAAACUGCCCCGGAUACUACCCAGUCUCCAGAGGAAGAAAUAAUUCCGAGCAUUAGAAAUCGUGUUUAUAUGUAUAAUGGCUUGUCCCAAACGCCAACCAGUCCAAGACUGGGCUCACGGCACAGCACCCCCUCACCAGCCCGCUCUCCUGUCACACCACUGAGAGAACAUGUACCGGGAGUCCUGAGGAGUGACUCGGUGGAGUCGAGUGGAGGAGGACUUCCAGGUCUGGUGUGCAUGAAGAAUGCUGUUGUAGAUGCCAACAUUAAGCCAGGUCUUGUAAAAGAGGCAACGGCCAAGUUUAUAACUACUUUCAAUAAAGAAUUUCGCCCUAAAUUACACUUACAGGAGUCUGAUGACUGGAAUGAAGGCAGUGAUUCUUCUCUGCCUUCAAUCAACAUUCCUUACUUGAACCUUAAAAAUGAAGACGCGAACUCUCCAGAUAUUAGCGAUACGGAAAAGGUGUCAGUACCUCCCUUAAAACAAGAGGAAGCUGAGUCCAUCGAGCUGUGGGAUUCAAGGUCUCAGGGUAUACCAGAGUGGCCGAGUGAAGUAGACUCGGAGGACCUGCCUUCACCUGCCUCUGGGGCUGUACCAAAGAGGCCGCUUGUGGUCACCGUGAAAAAAUCUGCAGAUUCAAGCCUAAUUAAGCGAAGAGGGAAAACAAUUGUCAUCAAAGCAGAUGAUCGAGUCAGAGUGAGGACGACGCAGGUCAAAAACAAACUCAGGCUAGAUCUAACAGACAAGUUUACUCCAACGAAUGGUACAGAGGUUAAGGACGACGGACCUAAACCUCGCAGGAGAGAAACAAAGAGUCCCAGCCACAGGAUGAGACUGGCCUCUGAGGAGGACCUUGUGGUGAUGAACCUCAACACUUCGGCCACCACCACCCCCAUGAUGUCUGAGGAUGACUCGCCUCCACCAUCCCCACAAUCCAACAGGACUGAACAGUCAACAGGUCAACAGAAUACUGGCGUACAAUGCUUAGACGAAACAUUGAACGAGACACUUGAUACUGACAGUGGCGCCGACGAGAUUGAAGAUGAAGAACGUUCUCCAUUUAUUGAAAAUCAGUCGAACAGUUGCCAGGCCAUCGCAGGAUGCUCCUCUCAGACAAAGAGGUCAAUGACCCCAGAAGAAAAACCUAAAAAGAAAAUACCGAUCCCUUCUCCCCGCGGAUCCAAGGUCGCAUCUGCUGCCAUCACGAUGGUUGAUAAGGAGCAAAAUUCUACGCGACCCCAAACUGUUGGCAGUCACGAGGGUUCCCCAGCUGCUGCAGGAGGUGUCGGGGAGAAACCCACUUCACCUUCCCUAGCUCUUCCCCAGGUAUCAAGCGAGUCCUAUUCCCCAGGUAGGUCCUCCGGGGAAGUGACGUCACCACGGUACACCAGCCAACACCCUCCUACACUUAGCCCACAGAUGAUGCGCAGCGGCAUUGUCACUAUACAGACUGGACACAACCUAAAGUGGGACUACAUAUAAGGCGGCGGUGGACAGCCUCUUGGCAACACCUAACAUUGUUGAUGGAACCCUGAACUAGCAAGACACUGAACCAGACCCUAGCUCACACUAACGUCACCAAUAGCCACCACAUCAGACAGACAGAUUAUAUUAAAGUAAUAAAUCGAAGAAUCGUAAAUGAAAUAAUUUGUAUAUUAUUUUGAACAAGAUCCUUCUUCUCGUAAACUUAACUUUGCUUAAAUUACAAAAUUCGUUUAGUGAGUUUUGCUGUGCCAUUUGAAAUCAAUCUGAUGAGGUAUAUAUUUAUAAUGUAUAAAUUUAAGAAAUAUCCCCACAUGCUUCACUGUGAACCUCAAACAGUGAAGUGAACUAUAUCACCUUAAGAAAACAGCAUAAUGUGUGUCCUGUGAUCUG